AUGCCUACACCGGAAGGACUGGAGGGUCAAACUUUGCAGAAGACUGAAGUUUUUGCCGGUUAUCCUACAGAUAGCACAUUUGAAAUGGAAUUGGGUGAGAAUAAGGAUCCGGGAAAUACAAGUGGAAGCGACGAUAUGAAAAUGUCAAACAUCGAGCAAUACAAACCAGCAUCUACAUUCAAAACGCACCUGUAUACUAUGAAUGAACUCCUAGAGAUUUCCAAAUCGGUCAAUGGAGCUUCGCCACUUUCUGUAGGUGUUAACUUACCAAAGAAAAGUUUCUGGAGACUGACUAGCAGGCAUCCUGACAUCAGACAAUCCGAAUCGACUGCCACCAAUGGAAGCGGAAACAAAAGUAACAGCAGCUUCAAAAGUCAGGACUUCAACGGCGAGAAGAAAAAUCAAAGAACCAAAAACACCAAAAGCACUAGGCGUGGUAGUAAAUUUGCCAAGGGUGACAAACAAUAUGUGGAAGAGAAGGACAUCAAAGUAAACAAUGACGAGCUUCUGGCGUUAGAAGAGGAAAUUAAACCUACCGGAAACUCCAUAACAGAUUUUGAAAACUGGAGGAGCAAAAUGAAGGAAUUGGAACGCAAGAAGAAGGGUCAAACUUCCAAUGGCCAUACCGAAGGUGCUGAAAGACCGUCUCUACAUAAUAACGGGAGCUCAUUAUCCGACUUUUUCAAUUUGAAAAGAGAAAGUAGCUCGACUUUUGAAGAACUUGAGCCACAGGAUACCUCAGAAACUUCGAAGGGGUCUUAUUCAAGGUUCUCUUCUUUCUUUAAUUCCGGGUCUGCACCAGAUAUCAAUGAAGCUGCUUUAGCACAACCUCCAACACCCAAGGAGGCCGAAACGCGACCUGCUGCUGGUUCUAGAAUCUUGUCAUUUUUUGAUAACAUGGAAUCCAGGAAAACAGCGCCUGAACAAGCACCUCAACAAAACACACCUGUGCAACAUGUACAAGUACCUCCUGUUCAAGAGCAAACAAAUAGUCAUUUUUUUCAGGAUCUUUUGAACAAGGGCAAAUUACCUUCCGCUAGCCACGUUAGUGAGAGACGAGUAGCCAGUGAUAAUUCCGCUGCUGCAAAUAGUCCUGUUUUACAAACAGCUGCACCUAACUCAACAAUAGGUACAGAUCAGUUGAAAGCUCGAGAGUCGCAAACAAAUAGAGGGCCUCCAGGUUUAUCUAAAAUACCUAACACUAAACCAGUGAUGUCCCCUACGGCGCAACCAGGAUUUCCCAUGGGAGUGCCUAUGAAUUUGUAUCAUCAAAAUGCACAGCCAAUGAGUCGACCACCUGCUGGUUAUCAGCACUUUCAGAUGCCACCUCCAGGAGUAGCAAUGCCGCAACCGUAUUUUGGAAACCAGCGGCAGGCAGGAGAUUUCUCAGCAACCGAGCAAAAGGAGGAAAGCGGCAGCAGACCGCCCAACGUACAGCUUCCAUUCAUUCCCGGACCACACAACAUGCCACCGCCAGGAUUUCCUCCGAUGCAUGGAAUGCCUCCUGGCAUUUCUCAAGACAUGCCUAUUACAAUGAACAAUAUGAUCCCCUUCCCACCUGGGUUUUUCCCCCCUCACGGCCCCUCACUUCCGCAGUUCGGUAACCAGCCAAUUCCCCCGGCUGCUUUGAAUGGGCAGCCGCAACGUCAAGGAAUGCCGCCUCGGAAAUCCAAAUGA